CAGAAAGUAAAGAUGCUUUUUACUUCGUUGGGAUGUUCCGCAUCACCAACAUUGAGUUUCUUCCGGAACAUCGACAGAAAGAGUCCAGAGAAUUCCUUUCAGUGUCACGGACUGUGCAGCAAGUGGUAAACUUUGUUUAUACUACAUCUGCCUUCUCCAAAUUUUACAAGCAAUCUGUGGUUGCCGAUGUUAGCAACAACAAGGGUGGCCUCCUGAUCCACUUUUGGCUUGUGUUUGUCAUGCCACAUGCCAAAGGCCAUAUCUUCUGUGAGGACUGCGUGGCUGCCAUCUUAAAGGACUCCAUCCAGAUCAGCAUUAUUAACCGGACCUCUGUAGGGAGCUUGCAUGGCCUGGCUGUGGACAUGGACUCCGUGGUAUUAAAUGACAAAGGCUGCUCUCAGGACUUCUAUGCAGACCAUCUGUCUCUUCAAUAUCCUCUGGAGAUUUCGGCAACUUCAGGGAGGCUGAUGUGCCAGUUUAAGCUGGUGGCCCUGGUAGGCUAUCUGAUUCGUCUCUCCAUUGAGUCUCUCCAGAUUGAAGCAGACAACUGUAUCACAGACUCCGUGACCAUUUAUGACUCCCUCUUGCCAAUCCGAAGCACCAUCCUGUACAGAAUCUGUGAACCCACAAGAACAUUAAUAUCAUUUGUUUCUACAAACAACCUUAUGCUGGUUACUUUUAAAUCUCCUUAUAUACGGAGGCUAUCAGGAAUCCGUGCAUAUUUUGAGGUCAUUCCAGAACAAAAAUGUGAAAACGCUGUGUUGGUCAAAGAAACCAAUGGUUUUGAAGGGAAAAUUUCAAGUCCAUAUUAUCCAAGUCACUACCCUCCGAAAUGCAAAUGUACCUGGAAAUUUCAGACCCCACUAUCGACUCUUGGUGUAGCACUGAAAUUCCAUAACUAUUCAAUAACCAAGAAGAGUUUGAAAGGUUGUGACCAUGGAUGGUGGGAAAUUAAUGAACACAUGUACUGUGGCUCCUACAUAGAUCACCAGACAAUUUUCCGAGUGCCCAGCCCCCUUGUUCACGUCCAGCUCCAGUGCAGUUCAAGGCUUUCGGACAAGCCACUGCUGGUAGAAUAUGGCAGUUACAACAUCAGCCAACCCUGUCCUGUUGGAUUUUUCAGAUGCUCCUCAGGCUUGUGUGUUUCUCAGGCCCAGCGCUGUGAUGGGGUAAAUGACUGUUUUGAUGAGAGUGAUGAACUUUUCUGUGUGGCUCUUAAACCUGAUUGCAAUGCCAGCUCCUUUGGGCAGCAUGACCCUCGGAUCUGCGAUGGCUUCCUGAACUGUGAGGGUGGUCACGAUGAGCAGAACUGCACCCAAAGCAUUCCAUGCAGCAAUAGAACUUUUAAGUGUGGCAAUGAUAUUUGCUUUAGGAAACAAAAUGCAAAAUGUGAUGGGACAGUGGACUGUCCAGAUGGAAGUGAUGAAGAAGACUGCAGCUGCAGCAGGAGCUCCUCCACCAUCCACCGCAUCAUCGGGGGCACUGACACUCUGGAGGGUGGUUGGCCGUGGCAGGUCAGCCUCCACUUUGUUGGAAAUGCCUAUUGUGGAGCAUCAGUCAUCUCCAGGGAGUGGCUUCUUUCUGCAGCCCAUUGUUUCCAUGGAAACAGGUUGUCCGAUCCCACACCAUGGACUGCUCACCUUGGAAUGUAUGUGCAGGGGAAUGCCAAGUUUGUCUCCCCAGUGAGAAGAAUUGUGGUCCACGAAUACUAUAACAGCCAGACCUUUGACUAUGAUAUUGCCCUGCUACAGCUCAGUAUUGCUUGGCCUGAGACUUUGAAACAACUCAUUCAGCCCAUAUGCAUUCCUCCUGCUGGUCAGAAAGUAUACAGUGGGGAGAAGUGCUGGGUAACCGGCUGGGGACGAAGGCACGAAGCAGACAAUAAAGGCUCCAAUAUUUUGCAGCAAGCAGAGGUAGAGCUCAUUGACCAAACCCUCUGUGUGUCCACCUAUGGGAUCAUCACGUCACGGAUGCUCUGUGCUGGCGUAAUGUCAGGCAAGAGAGAUGCUUGCAAAGGAGAUUCUGGUGGACCUUUAUCUUGUCGAAGAAAAAGUGAUGGAAAAUGGAUUUUGACUGGCAUUGUUAGCUGGGGAUAUGGAUGUGGAAGACCAAGCUUUCCUGGUGUUUACACAAGGGUGUCAAACUUUGUUCCCUGGAUCCACAAAUAUGUCCCGUCUCUUUUGUAACUGGAUUUUUUUCUAUGAUUCAUGGGAUGGAUUCUUUUAAAAGAAUGCA